UUAAGCUGGCUAGUGGCUUGUCAAUUUGGUGAGGUCAGCGACUUGGGACGCAGCGUGCCUUAUUUCAAUAAGUUUAUAUUUUACUGUAGUGGGAAUCAAUCAAUAUAUCCAAAAUGUUCGAAGCGCGUCUUCUCCGCAGUUCCAUUUUGAAGAAGGUGUUGGAAGCGAUCAAGGAUCUGCUCACACAGGCCACAUUUGAUUGCGACGACAAUGGGAUACAAUUGCAGGCAAUGGACAACUCUCAUGUGUCACUGGUUUCCCUCACACUCAGAGCUGAUGGCUUUGACAAAUACAGAUGUGAUAGGAAUAUCUCCAUGGGCAUGAAUCUAGGAAGCAUGUCAAAGAUUCUGAAGUGUGCUGGCGACAAGGACACAGUAACAAUCAAGGCACAGGACAAUGCAGACACAGUCACAUUUGUGUUUGAGAGUCCCAACCAAGAGAAAGUGUCUGAUUAUGAGAUGAAGCUCAUGAACUUGGAUCUUGAACAUUUGGGAAUUCCCGAGACUGAAUACAGCUGCACCAUCAGACUGCCAAGUGGUGAAUUCGCGCGUAUCUGCCGUGAUCUCUCACAGUUUGGAGAGUCUAUGGUGAUAUCUUGCACCAAAGAAGGAGUCAAAUUCUCAGCCACCGGCGACAUUGGCUCAGCUAAUAUCAAACUAGCGCAGACAGCGUCAAUCGACAAGGAGGAGGAGGCAGUAGUUAUUGAGAUGGAGGAGCCAGUCACUCUCACAUUCGCCUGCCAGUACCUCAAUUACUUCACUAAAGCCACAUCACUCAGUCCGCAGGUACAACUUUCAAUGUCGGCUGACGUACCACUUGUCGUCGAGUACCGCAUUCCAGACAUUGGUCACAUUCGCUAUUACCUAGCACCCAAGAUUGAGGAAGAAGAUAGUUGAACUAGUUUAAUUAUAAUUAUGUGUUACUUGGUAUACAUUUCCACACGUUCUUUCCAACAUCAUGUUUCAUUACCAAUUUCUCAAUACUAUAACUUCGUACACUGUGUGUAUUGCUGAAACUUGUGAUAGAUAUAUUUUUUGUAAGUACUAAUAAAUACAUUUGUCUAAAACUA